AUGACGCCUUUGAUUCGUGGAAGUGUCUUCCUGGCUGUAUUACAGCUGAUUUUCCAGUUGGUCCUGGCAACGGAUUAUUCCUGGUGUAAUCCAGAGUUAUGCGGCAAUGGUGUGAAACAUAUCGCGUGCCGAAAUACUGGAAAUUUCCACAGACGCUGCCAGCCAGAUGCAGUCCAAGUGGAUGUGAGUCGGCACAAGGCGGAUUUCCUGCAUGGUCACAACAAGAGAAGAAACUUCCUGGCUCUCGGAAGAGUACCAGGCUAUUAUCCUGCCGCCCGAAUGGCCACAAUGGUGUGGGACGACGAGCUGCAGUACCUCUCCAUGCUGAACACCCGCACCUGUAAGCUGGACCACGACGAUUGCCACAACACCUUUCGUUAUGCCAACUCGGGUCAGAAUCUGUGCGCCGUGUGGCGUCCAAGAAGUCCCUAUGUGAAUGUGACCAGUUUGGUGGAUGAGUGUCUGGGUCUGUGGUUCAACGAAUUCGAUCUGAUAGACAGCAGCUUCAUCGACUCCUUCAAAGUCACCCCAAUAUUUGAGGACUAUGGCCACUUUGCCGAGAUGAGUGUGGACAAGAACUUCGCGGUGGGGUGCUCCAUCAUGAGAUUCACACGGCCCGACUAUCCAUCCGUGUAUAUCUACAACUUCAUCUGCAACUAUGCUUCACUCUACGCCCUGGGAGCACCAGUUUAUGAGACUGGACGUGCAGGCUCUCAUUGCACCACGGGCAGGAGCCCCUUCUAUCCGGGAUUAUGUUCCACCCGCGAGGUGUACGAUCCCAAUUGGUAAUAGUUCUCCACAAAAAGAGGGAUUCCCUCCACUCAGGUACAACUGCCAAGAGUAUUUAGUAGCCCGUAGCUUUAGAUCGAAUACAAGCCAAUAAAUGAUCGCAUCGAUUCCAGUCAGUUUGCAUAAUUUAUUUAAAUGCGGCGUCAUCAUCGGGAGGGAGUCCGCCACCGCUGACUUCUGACCCGGCUGGCAUUGCAUAAUCCCAGUUGAGUUAUAAACCCACAGGUUGUGCUGUAAGCCAACGGAGCUCGACCAAAAUAAACAAUGCGAAUCGCUAAGAAAGCCAGUCCUACUCUUUUCAGACUGGUUUGGCGCACAGAACUUUCAUUUGUUAUUGGCCAACAACUCAUAACGAUGUGCCUGAGCAUAUGCAAAUGACAACAUUUUUAUUUGAUUUGUGCGCAGAAGUUAUUGAUUUCUCCAUUGUGAUGUGAGAACCUGUCCGGUGAUCUUUGAAAACCUAGCUUAGCUCGUGCAGCGACAAACAAACAAGAAUAUUGCCAUUUAAUAAUACCCGAUUAUCUAAACUCACCAAUUGGGUCAAUGUCAAUGUGAACUACUGGAAACUGCAGAGUGACAAAGUCACUGAACUGCCAGAAACACCCACGCUAUCAAUCUUUAAACGGGUGCUCCACUUUCAGAUAUCUUUUGUAUUAAAUAAUAGAACGCUUGGUUGCAAUAUGUGGUUUAAAUGUUCGGCAGACUGAGC